CCUCGCCGCUGGAUGGUGCCUUCGGAUACCGCAGAGCGUUUCUCUAGCUAAACACACCUUUUCUUGGAAUUCUUUUUUUUCCCUCUAUUAGCCAAGAAAAACUUUGCAACUUUCCUUCGCUGUCGGAGAGGAGCCACUGCCGCUGCUGCGUUUCAUUUUGUUUUUUUAAUUCGAGGUCACGUGUGCGUUGACAGUGUCUUUGAUUCCAAGCGAUGGUCUCGUCUCCAGCUUAGGAAGAGCUUCUGAGCUCUUCCCUCUGUUGUUUUCUCUCUGUUCAGGAACAAAGAGAUUUUUCUGCCUUUAAUUAAAAGGAAUAUUAAUUCCCCGCUCCUUUGUCGAGCGACUUGAAGACACUCUGCAAACAUCCGUCUGCUCGGCGCCGCGGUGGGGUGAGCUCUGCCGUGGUACAGGGCAUGGAGAAAUGGGGGAACCAUCCCGAAAUGCCACGGCAAACACGGAGCAGCAGCCGGGGAGGAUGCUGACAGCCUCGGUGCUCGGGUGACGCGGCCGCCACCAUGCCCGACUCUCCGGCCGAUGUGAAGACUCAGGCUCGCUCCACGCCGCCCAGCAUGCCGCCACCGCCGCCAGCCGUCACCCAGGGGGCCACCCGCCCCCCCUCCUUCACACCCAGCACCAAUCGAGACGCUGGCCCUCCGACGUUUCUGCCCCGCGGCCGUUUUCAUGGUUGCUUGAAAUGGUCGAUGGUCUGUCUUUUGAUGAACGGCAGCAGCCACUCACCGACCGCCAUCAAUGGGGCUCCGUCCACCCCCAACGGCUUCAGCAACGGCCCAGCCACCUCCUCCAGCGCCUCCCUGUCCACCCACCAGCUCCCUCCAGCCUGUGGUGCCCGCCAGCUCUCCAAGCUCAAGCGCUUCCUCACCACCCUGCAGCAGUUUGGGAACGACAUCUCCCCCGAGAUCGGGGAGCGGGUGCGCACCCUCGUCCUGGGGCUCGUGAACUCCACCCUCACCAUCGAGGAGUUCCAUGCCAAGCUCCAAGAGGCCACCAACUUCCCGCUGCGACCCUUCGUCAUCCCCUUCCUCAAGGCCAACCUGCCGCUGCUGCAGCGGGAGCUGCUGCACUGUGCCCGCAUGGCCAAGCAGACCCCGGCCCAGUACCUGGCCCAGCACGAGCAGCUGCUGCUGGACGCCAACGCCUCCUCUCCCAUCGACUCCUCCGAGCUGCUCCUGGAGGUGGCCGAGAGCGGCAAGAGGAGGACGCCAGACAGGACCAAAGAGAACGGUUUGGACCGAGACCCCCUGCACCCCGAGCACCUCAGCAAGCGGCCGUGCACCAUGAGCCCAGCGCAGCGCUACAGCCCCAGCAACGGGCUGAGCCACCCCCCGAACGGGCUGGGGCACCCCCCCGCCGGCCCCCCCCUGCCCCAGCACUACCGCCUGGAGGACAUGGCCAUGGCACACCACUACCGGGACUCCUACCGGCACCCCGACCCCCGGGAGCUCCGCGAGCGCCAGCGCCCCGCGGCCGUGCACGGGACGCGGCAGGAGGAGGUGAUCGACCACCGGCUCACGGACCGGGAGUGGGCGGAGGAGUGGAAACACCUCAAUAAUCUGCUGAACUGCAUCAUGGACAUGGUGGAGAAGACGCGGCGCUCGCUGACGGUGCUGCGGCGGUGCCAGGAGGCCGAUCGCGAGGAGCUCAACCACUGGAUCCGGCGCUACAGCGACGCCGAGGACAUGAAGAAAGGCAGCCCGCCCUCGGCGCGGCCCCACAACUCCUCCUCGGCCGAGGCUCCCCAGUUAGACGCUCACCGGGACUUCGCCCCGCGGCCGCUCUCCGGCUACAUGCCCGAGGAGAUCUGGAGGAAAGCUGAAGAAGCCGUGAACGAGGUGAAGCGCCAGGCCAUGUCCGAGCUGCAGAAGGCUGUGUCGGACGCCGAGAGGAAAGCCCACGAGCUGAUCACGACCGAGCGCGCCAAGAUGGAGCGGGCGCUGGCAGAGGCCAAGCGGCAGGCGUCCGAGGAUGCCCUCACCGUCAUCAAUCAGCAGGAGGACUCCAGCGAGAGCUGCUGGAACUGCGGGCGCAAGGCGAGCGAGACGUGCAGCGGCUGCAACACGGCGCGUUACUGCGGCUCCUUCUGCCAGCACAAGGAUUGGGAGAAGCACCACCACGUCUGCGGGCAGACUCUGCAGGGGCUGCCGGGCCCCGCCGCCGCCGGGCCGGGCCAGCCCGAGGCCGUGGCCGCCGUGGCCAGCAGCCCCAGCGAGGCGGGCUCGGUGGCCGCGUCCCGCGCCGGCACUCCGGCCACGCCCGCGCCGCUGGACAGCGCGUCCCGCUGAGCCGCGCCGGGAUGUCACAGCCACGGACUGCGGCCGGGGCCGUUCCUCAGCUACCUGACUCGAGUGACCUCCGAAACGACCUCUCUAGCUCUCACAGCUAAUCCUCACGGAUCCUCAAACUGGGCUUUAAGUGGAGUUAAGGCAAAUACCGGUCUCUGUUCUUUCUUCAGUCUUUGGUUUGGCUUUUUUUCGGUUGGUUUUUAUAUCGGUUGGGGGAUUGUGGUUUGGGAUUUUUUGGGUUUUUUGGCUGGUUUUUUUUUUUUUUUUUUUUUUUUUUUCCUUUUUUGCUCUUUGGAUGAGGGAUUUGGCUCCAGCCUCCCCAUGCAGUGCUGUGGGGAGAGACCAACCUGAUCCCACCCCCCAUCAGCACUGCUGAGGGGCUCACUUGGAGGAGGAAAGAACCUUCUUUUCUUCAUUUCUCUCUUCCUAUAUUUUUUUUAUCUUUUUACCUUUUUUUUUUUUUUUUUUUUUUUUUUUUUUUUGUAAAAAAAAUAAAGAAAAUAAAAAAGAAAACGUCGGACUCUUUGGCUUUAAGUAAGAAAUUGUAAAAAAGGAAAAAAAAAAAAAAGAAAAAAAAAAAGAAAAAUCCAAAAACCAGACGACGCGUGACGGACGCUCACCUGUAACUACCUUGCUAGCUAGCCAAGAACAGACCAGACUCACCUCUGCUCCAAAGGAAAUCCAAAACCAAGGAAGAUCCAAACGUCUCUCCACUGCCAAAGUUCGUUUCGUUCUGUUGUCGCUUCCUUCCCCUCCCCACAAGGAUGGAUGGACAUGCCCCUGGGGCUUUAAAGAAUUUCUAUUAAAAUAAAGCAAAAAAAAAAAAAAAAAAAAAAAGGUGUUUUUUUACUGAAACCCCAACCCCCAAGGUGUGGGAGGGGGAGAUGGGGCUGAGAACAGCAGCCGGAGCUGGCACAUCUCUACCUCUGCCCAGGAAAAGGAGAACAAAAGGAGAUUUUGGAAAAAAAAAAAAAUAAAUAAAAAAGAAUUUUAAAAAAAGGAAUUAAAAGAUGGAUUUUGGGUUUCUCCCUCCCCGAAGCCGUCGGGGGAACCCCCCUCAUCCCUUCACUGCCAGGCUGCUCCCACACCCCGUGCUGGAUUUGUCUCACAAGGAUUUUUAAGAGGAAAAGGAAAAGGAAAGGAAAAAAGGAACGCUGCCUCCUUGCUGGCCAGGACAAUGUGGAUUUUUUGGGAUUCUUGCCUCGCUGGAGCGGCGCGGAGGACGGAAGUGCAAUACGGAAAGUCCCAGCUCCGAGCGGAGGCAGCAGUGCUGUGCGCUAAUGUGAAUGUAAAUAGUGUCUGCAGAGGUCCAAAAAUGAAUAAUAAUAAUGAUAGUGGUGAUAAUAAUCCGAGACGUUUGCCAAAUAAAGGAUGAGGAGGAGCGUGGAGCGGUGGCGCUGGCCGGAGCGAGGCCUGGCAUCGAGAGGAGCUGGAGUUUUCCUGCAUUUGCAAAACCCAUCCUGUGUGUUUUCUGUAGGGGAGGAAGAGGAGGGAAGGGCUCUGGGCUCGUGGGGGGGCUGUGCCGGUGGUCACAGGGCUGGGCUGGGUCACAGCUGAGCUUGGGACACGCCAGGGGUGAUGUCACAGCCCUGUGCCACCGGCACCCAGCCCUGCUGGGGGUUCUGUGCGCCCCAAAAUCUUGGUGCAUCACCUCUGUGCACCCUAAGACCUUCAUGCCUCUCCCUGAGGGGUUUCUGUGCACCCCAGGAUCUCUCUGAAUCCUCCCAGGGUUCUUCUUCUGAGGUCUCAGUGCAUCCCCCCAGGAGGUUUCUCUGCGCCCCAAGACCUUGGUGCAUCCUCCUGGGAAGGUUCUGUGCACCCCAAGGUCUUGGUGCAUCCCCCCAGGAGGUUCCUGUGCACCCCAAGGUCUUGGCCCAACCCCGGGGACGAUUCUGUGCCCCCCAAGAUCUCAGUGCACCCCCUGGGUGUUUUCUGGGAGCUUCGCCGGGUGCCCCUCCCGUGACUGUUCACUUUAUUUAUGGUGUGACAUAUGUAAUAUUGUCUAUUUUUCUUACGUUUCCUGAGAAGAGGUAAUAUAUAAGAGUAUUGCAGAUGCCCCUGCUCGCCCGGGUGUCCGGCCUGUCCCUGCCCUCCCGCCUGUCCCCGCCUGUCCCCGCCUGUCCCCGGCCCCGCUCCUGCCGGGGCUCUGCCUCUCUACCUCCACCUCGCCGGGAAACCGCGGGCGAGAGCACUUCCACAGGGACUGCUCUCCUUUCCACUCCACUCCCUGCUGGUUUGAUUUUUUGGAAUUAUUCUGACUUUUUUCCUUUUUUUUUUUUUUUUUUUUUUUUUUUUUUUUUUUUUUUAAUAAGAAUAAAACUACCCUACAGAACCUUGCAUCGAAACCAAAAGCCGAGGGAGGGGAGGGAGGGGACGGCGGUGACGGCCGAACCAGAACGACAGCUUUAAAUGCGAGAUUUCCCAAAAAAAAAAAAAAAAAAAAAAGUGUGCUGCGGGGAGGAGGGAGCGGCCGCGGGGCUGCGGUGAUGCUGUGCUGGUGCUGCGGGGGAUUCCUCCGAAAUGAUGUUUUUGGGGUGCGUGGGGGGCCAAGGGACGUGUGUGCGCCUUUGGUGGCUUUGUGGCACCUUGGAGAUGGCAGUGGUGCUGGCACAGCCCGCCCGGGGACACGGGUGCCUCACCAGGUGCCCGUGGCUGCUCGCAGCUCCGGGUUCCCUGCUCCCAUCACGCGUGGGGACAGCGUGUCCCAGGUCCCCGUGGCCGUGGGGAGGCAGAGCCCAGGGUGCCAGGUGCUGGCUGUGGCACCAGGCUGGGGAGGUGGCAGCAGGGACGUGGCUCUCUGGUGUCACCGGGUCCCCUCUCCAGCCCCUUCCUCACGUUCCCAACCCAAAAUCCCAGCUCAAACCAAAGCGCCGCGUCCCGGCCAGGCUGGAGCGGGGGUCCCACACCUGCCUGGCUUUUGCUCCAUCACUGCCAGAGCCCCCCGAACUCCCCCUGCAGCAUCUCCUCCUCCUCCUCCUCCUCCUCCUCCUCCGGGGGCUGCUGGGGUCCCCCCCUUCUCCUCGGGGUGCCUCUCUGGAUCCCAGUGGGUCUGAGGCCGGGGACAAGGCGCCGCUGUGUUCCCAGGUGCCAGGCACUGUGAUGGGGUGUCCCCCUGGGGGCUCCUCCAGGACGGGGAGGUGGUGCCAGUGCCCCCCUCCCUCCUGGGGAUCGCUUCCCGACCCCGUGCGGGGCUGAGCCCUGCCCUUGCCGCCCUGCCCAGCCCUGGCAUGGGGACACUGGGGGCCCCGAGGGGCUGGAAACCAGAGCCCCCGCCAGGGCCGGGAGUGCGGUGUGGGGCCAGCCCAGAGACACGACGUGGUAGGACUUUCCUUCGGCAUGCUGUCCCCCCCUUGCUGUUCCCCGCUUUCUCUAAGUGUACUGUAUGUUUGACCUGUGAAAGAUGUAAACUUUAUGAUUCAGGUUAUGUCUGUUCUUAACUCUGUAUCUGUGUAAUAAAGACAAUUUAAUAUCAA